GCUGCCGUCUCGCCAGAGACGCCAUGUACCGGCUCCUGUCAGCCGUGACGACCCGGGUCGCGACCCUCGGGGGCUGGGGCUGGGGCUCCGGGCGGCGAGGGACCCACCAGCGAGCGGGGCUGCGGCCGCCGGGUCCCGGCUGGGUUGGGGGCCUGGGGCUGGGGCUGGGGCUGGCGCUCGGGGCGAAGCUGGCCGGGGGGCUGAGGGGCGCGGCCCCCGCGCCGCCCCCCGCGGACCACGACCCGGAGGCGUCGCCUCAGGCCAAGCCCCCGCCGCCCCAGGAGCAGCCCCUCGCCCCGCGGUCUCCACAGACGCCGGCGCCGCUCCCCUCCGGGCGCUUCGCCAGAGCCAUCGACAGCAGCCGCGACCUGCUCCACAGGAUCAAGGAUGAGGUAGGCGCACCCGGCGUAGUGGUUGGAGUCUCUGUAGAUGGAAAAGAAGUCUGGUCAGAAGGUUUAGGUUAUGCUGAUGUUGAGAAUCGUGUGCCAUGCAAGCCAGAGACUGUUAUGAGAAUUGCCAGUAUCAGCAAAAGCCUCACCAUGGUUGCUCUUGCCAAAUUGUGGGAAGCAGGGAAAUUGGAUCUUGAUAUUCCAGUACAACAUUAUGUUCCUGAAUUCCCAGAAAAAGAAUAUGAAGGUGAAAAGGUUUCUGUCACAACAAGAUUAUUGAUUUCCCAUUUAAGUGGAAUUCGUCAUUAUGAAAAGGAUAUGAAAAAGGUGAAAGAAGAGAAAGCCUAUAAAGCCUUGAAAAUGACAAAGGGGACAGUGGAAUCAGACCAAGAAAAAGAGUUAAAAGAAAAAGGCAAAAGUAAUGAAAAGAGUGACUUUUCUAAAGCUAAGAUAGAGCAAGAUAAUGAAACCAAAGGCCGGAAUUCAAAACCUGGCAAGAAAAAGAAUGAUUUUGAACAAGGUGAACUAUAUUUGAAAGAAAAGUUUGAAAAUUCAAUUGAAUCCCUUAGACUAUUUAAAAAUGACCCUUUGUUUUUCAAACCUGGUAGUCAGUUUUUAUAUUCAACUUUUGGCUAUACCCUACUGGCAGCCAUAGUAGAAAGAGCUUCAGGAUAUAAAUAUUUGGAUUAUAUGCAGAAAAUAUUCCAUGACUUGGAUAUGCUGACAACUGUGCAGGAAGAAAAUGAGCCAGUGAUUUACAAUAGAGCAAGGAUAUGGAAAACUAGAGCAUUUUCUAAAUUAAAGAGUCCAAGUUACUAGCAUGGCACAAAAAGUCUUUUGUGAUCUGCCUCCUUGUCCUUCAGCACCACCUGUUGCCACUUAUCCUUCAAGUUCUCUUCUUCAAACUGAACUACUUUGCGCCACAACCUGGCCUCUGAAAGGGAGGUUCAGGGACCAGCAGUAUUGGCAUCACCUGGGAGCUUAUUAGAAUUGCAGAAUUUGGGUCCCUCCCGAGAUCCACUGAAGCAGUUUAACAAAAUCCCCGGGUGAUUCAUAUAGUACUUGAAAUUUAAAACUUUCUGAAAGGACUGUUAACCUCUUGAAAGCAGCCACAGCAUGUGGUUUUAAUUGUCUCUUUAAUGCCCUGUAAGAUGUCUCCAUUUAAUGUUUGGUCAACCAAUGAUGCUUUAUUCAUUCAACAUGUGUAAUAUUGACUGGAUAGCAAAUGCUGCUUUAGAUAGGGUAAUCAUCAGUGACCAAGGCAGAUAAAAUUCCUGCCCUUAUGAAACUUUCCAUAGGAAGAUAUGAAUGAACAUGUAAACAAACAAUUUAAGAACUUUAGGGCAAUGGAAUGAGUAACAGGAAGAGGUUAUGGAGAGAAUAUUUAAAAUAUCUUGGAUUUAGGCCAUGUCAGCUGACCUGAGACAUAAAUGAUAAGGAAAGGUAGCUUGCCUUGUUGCAAAUACAGAGAUAAGUCUGCCAUGAAAAAACAAGGCAAGAUGUGUAGGUGAGAUCAAAGAGGUAAGCAGGAACUAAAUUAUAAUGGAAAGUGAGUCCCAAUGCCAUUAGAUCCACUGCCCCUUAAUUUAACAAAUAUUUUGUAAUAUAUCCUUUAAUAUUCUGAAAUGUAAGUCAUAAGUCAUAUACUCAGUACUUUAUAAAGAAAAAAGGAAUAUAAUUUAUGGUAAAUAACAAAUAUUUCAAUAUUUUAGUUUACUCACAACAUUAGAAGACAUAGUAAAUUAAUACCCUAAAGAUGCAUAGAUGCAUAGUGAUGCAACCUAAGAUACUUUAAAGUGUUGUAAACCCAACAACAAAAUACAGACCAAUACAGGUGUAUUCUUUUUUUUAAAUAAAUUUUAUUUUUAUAUUCCCCAUACAAUUGCAACCC